AUGCCGGGCCUCUUGACACCACCCGAGUCUGCCACCAAACGUUCCGACGACCCCCACGAGAAACCCGGUCGCUACCAGCCCAAGUCCCGCAAUCCAGGAUUCUUCGCCAAGAUGAAGGAGUCGUGGUCAGCCCAGUCGCAAAAGACGCGAUACUUCAAGACGAUCGCCAUCGUUUUUGCUAUCAUCUGCCUGUUCUACUGGCUGUCGCCCUCCGACGUCCCUGUUCAGCCUUCCGCCUCUCAAAAACCCCUCCCCGAUCCCGUUGGCCUGACCACCGGCGUCAACACGCCGGUCGCCGAGCGGCCAGUCGAGAAGCCAGUUACGACACCCAUCGAGAAGCCCAUCGUGAACACCCCGGCCCAGGACUCAGCCAAAGAAGCCUCAAAGGCCGCUGCUGGAGUCGACUCAUCGUCGAGCAAGGAUGCUACCAAAGCCCCCGCUGCUGGCAGCGACACUACCGAAACCGACGACGGCAGCGACCCCGCCCUGACGACCAAAAAGUGCUCCAAGCCGUACAAGAAGGAUCAGCCUCUCGUGCAGUAUGUCCUCAUGAUUGAUGCCGGUAGCACUGGGUCCCGCAUUCACGUCUACAAGUUCAACAACUGCGGGGCGGUGCCUGAACUCGAGAGUGAGGAAUUCAAGAUGACCGAGAAGGGAGUCGGUGGUCUCAGCGCCUACAAGGACGACCCUGUCGCUGCGGCCAAGAGCCUCGAUGCCCUCAUGAAGGUUGCUAUGGAGCACGUCCCUGACAAGCUCAAGGGCUGCACCCCCGUCGCUGUCAAGGCUACCGCUGGCCUCCGCAUGAUUGGCGUCGAAAAGGCCGACGCCAUUCUCAAGCAGGUUCGCACUCACCUUGAGACCGACUAUCCCUUCCCCGUGGUUUCCGCCGAGAAGAAUGGUGUUGCCCUGAUGGACGGUUCCGACGAGGGUGUCUACGCUUGGAUCACUACCAACUACCUGCUUGGCAAGAUUGGCACAGAGGAAAAGGGCGAGACGGCUGCCAUUUUCGAUCUUGGCGGCGGGUCUACUCAGAUUGUCUUCGAGCCCCUCUACAAGAGCAUUGGUGACGCAGCUCCCGAGAAGCUCGCUGAAGGUGAUCACAAGUACGAGCUCAACUAUGGUGGUCAUAAGUUUGAGCUGUACCAGCACUCGCACCUCAAGUUCGGUCUCAUGGCUGCGCGCGAACGAAUCCACCAAGCUCUCGUUGACGAUCUUGCGAAAAGCAAGGGUUCCGACCAGUCCUGGCUAUCCAAGGCCAUUGUCAACCCUUGCAUUCUCCCCGGUUUCGAGCGCAAGGUCAACGUUACGCUCGGCGAGGACAAGAAGCAUGAAGUCACAUUCACGGGUCCCAGUGAGCCCUCGUCGGCACAGUGCCGCAGCCUAGCCGAGAAUCUGCUGAACAAGGACGCCCCGUGCAAGAUGGGCCCCUGCUCGUUCAACGGCGUGCACCAGCCGGCCCUAGCCAAAACUUUCGCCAAGCAGGAGGUACUCAUCUUCUCCUUCUUCUAUGAUCGCAUGCAACCGCUGGGUAUGCCCGAGUCUUUUACGCUCCGCGAGAUGCACGACCUGACGCACACCGUCUGUCAGGGCGAGAAGGGCUGGAGCGCGUUUGAGAGCAACCCGAAGGCCAUGGAGGAGCUCAACGACCGCCCCGAGUACUGCCUGGACCUCAACUUUAUGCUGGCGCUACUUCACACUGGCUAUGACAUGCCCAUCGACCGCGAGGUCAAGAUUGCCAAGAAGAUUAACGGCAACGAGCUCGGCUGGUGCCUGGGUGCGAGCCUACCCCUGCUCGAGGCCAACUCAGGCUGGAAGUGCCAAGUUAACAAGGUUGCAUAA